CUGAUCUCCAGCCUGAAGAGGUCAUUCAGCCUACAGUUGCCACUUGUUGCCAAAACCUUCGGGGCUGGAGGGCUCGCCAGCGUUUAAUUUUUUUAAACGAAUUAUUUCCUCGCUAUUAUUGACACGAGUAUCUCGAUGUUAAAACAGGAAUACAUCCACAUCUGACUUUUGAAAAAGGGAUACUUUAGAACAGUUGCUUUAUAUCUGACAGGAGAAGCAUGGUUGACAACACCAGCAUAGCAACUAAAUCUGCUUUGCAAGCCGUGUUCACUUCGGCGAGCAACCAUCCUCUGCUGGUUCCAUCUUCCACCACCCACAGUCACUUCUCCGGGUCUCAGUCACACCACCAUCCGAGCGGCGGUGGAAUGAAGCUAGAGGCGGUCAUGGAAAACCUCCAGCGGCAGCAGGCUGCCCGCCUGGCUCUGGAAGAGAAGCUUCGUCUAGCAGAAAAAGACAAAGACAUCAGGUCUCUGAUGGAUUCACAAAUUCAGCAGCAAGCGUUGGCUUUCCGUCACUAUCAGGCAGCGGUGAGAGGUGCUUUCGCUGCCGGAGCACAACUCUCGUCUCCGGGGGCAAGUUCCAGUGACCGGCAACCUGCACACCCCGACCCGCACAGGCUUCCUGAAAGACCUAACGACGACUCCGACGUUGACGAUGACCUGGAGGGUGAUCGUGGCAUGGAAGAUGAAGACCGAGAUCUUGAUGACGAAGAUAUUGAUAACGAGGGGUUCGUAGAUGAUGAUAUAGAGAGACCCAUGCCCCACUAUCUCCCUCGGCACAGCAUGCAUUCUAAUGCGGGACAAUCACCAAAGCACUCCGGCGCCAGAGUCCAGCCGUCAUUCUCGGCCGCAAGGCAACCCGAGUCUCCCGGUGGAAUGGCUCAUGCACAAUCGCAGCACCACGAGUGGACUUACGAAGAGCAAUUCAAACAGGAGUCAGGAAAAGCCAAUGGGCCAGAGAGGAAGCUGGGAAAUUCAGGCGUUGCUUUCGGUGGUGGUUCUUCAUCUCUCAUACAGGAGCUGUACGAGCUGGAUGAUGACGUGAAGAGAAAAGAGUUUCUCGACGACCUCUUCAGUUUUAUGCAGAAAAGAGGGACUCCAGUAAAUCGGAUUCCUAUCAUGGCCAAGCAGGUGUUGGACCUCUACACCCUCUACAAGCUUGUGACAGAAAAAGGCGGCUUAGUGGAAGUCAUCAAUAAGAAAAUAUGGCGAGAGAUCACCAAAGGCCUCAACCUUCCUACCUCCAUCACCAGUGCAGCUUUUACACUCAGAACACAGUAUAUGAAGUACCUCUAUCCCUACGAAUGUGAAAAGCGUGGUCUCAGCUCCCCCGGGGAGCUCCAGGCAGCUAUCGACAGCAACCGCCGCGAGGGCCGCCGCCAGAGCUACGGCUCGGCCCUCUUCAACUACUCGCCCGUGGGCACCCCCACCCUCAUGGCCUCGCCCAAACUCCAGAUGCCCCACAUCGCCAUGUCCACCCCCAACGGAGCCCACCUCUCCCAAAGCCAGGCCAUCAAGAAAGAGGAGUCCAUGCUCAACAGCUGCCUGAGCAGCCGCGUGGGCAUCCCUAUGUCCCUGGCCGGUCACCACGGGGCAGCCGUUCAGGCGGUGGCCGCCCAGGCCCAAGCGGCGGCAGCGCAGGCGGCUGCGGCCCAGGCUGCGGCGGCAGUGCAGGCGGCGGCGCUGGAGCAGCUGCGCGAGAAGCUGGAGUCGGGCGAGCCGCCGGAGAAGAAGAUGAUGCUGAUGGCCGAGGAGCAGCAGCGCCUCAUGCAGCACGCCCUGCAGCAGAACCUGCUGGCCAUGGCCACCCAGCUGCCCAUGAACAUCAAGCUCAACAACAGAGAUGAUAGACAAGAGACCGCAUUGAACCUGUCUACCAACGGCAUUAGCAGCAUCAACAUGUCAAUAGAAAUAAAUGGAGUUGUCUACACAGGGGUCCUGUUUGCCCGUAAGCCCUCCAUGCCCGUGAUCCCUGGGAGCCACCGAGGCAACCACCACCACAUCGCUCAGGGAAAGUCCAGCCCGGGAUUGUCCACGCACAUCCAGCCGUCCUCGUCCGCCUCCUCCACCUCAUCCUCGGCACACGGCAACGCAUCCCCCUGAGCAAGAGCAACCCCACCCCCACCUCUACUGACCAGCCCCAGACUGAUCUGUCUUGCCCAGUCCUGGUCCCCACCUGUCCCCUCUCCUCCCCCUGCCGCCUCCCCUCCCGUUGCAAAGACUCAGAGCAAAGCCGAGAACAGAAGAUAGAUCAUAAACAUGCAUUUAUCCAAUUUUAUUUUGUUGUUUUUGAAGGUGGCUUUCUUCUCUUUUAUAUAAAAAGUCCAUAAUUCAAAAGUGACAAGAUUGAAUGUUUAUUUAAAAAAAAAAAAAAUGAAAGAUCUAUCUAACAAUAAAAAAGGAUACAUGUACAUACAUUGAAACCGAGAGAAUACAUAUUGUCCAACUCCAUUCAACCCUGAGCAACAGCUGCUGCAAUGCUUAGUGGGGCGUGUUGGGUCAGUAAUAACACGUAUGAAGUGAGUAUGUUUCCUCUCUCAAGAAUCGCACUGUUCUGUGGGGAGAAGCUUUAUCGUGUGGUUGUACCACAGUCACCCGGGACAGUGCAAUGACUGUGGAAAUGACAAUGGCACAAUUCUCUGGUGACAAAUAUCUGGGAAGGGAGGUUUUUUUCCUUGUUCUCUGCUGGCUUUGUUAUUUUUUUUGUUGUGCUCUGGAAUCUCAUACCGUCAGCCUUGGCGUUCUUAUUUCACAUUUCUAAACAGGUUAGACGUGCAUUUGCACCAAAAUCACUGAAUCCCUCAGAACUUGCAGCUUAUACCAAAGAAGACUAGAAUGCCAUUGACAAGGUAGCCACGCUCAGCAUGGUCGUGGAAUUGAAACAAAUGUAGAAACGCACAGUUUUUUUCUCUCAAAGCACUGCAGUAACUUAGAACAAGCCACCGAAGAAUCAGAGGUCGAUGGUAGUUCUGAGUGACAAAACGAGUGGUUUUGUACUUUCAAGAAAAAAAAGAAUGAUAAUAAUAAUUGUAGAUGUAGGCAAAGCACAUCCCACUGAAAAGAGGGAGGGACAACCUUUUUAGCAGUCAGGAAGAUGUACUUAUCGAUGCUUGUUUUCUUUUCUUUGUAAAGGAAAAUAUCUAAGUGAUGUACUAUCUGCCGCGGUGAACAUGUCCAAAUCAAUCAAAUGUCAUGUCCAAAUGUUCAGUGGGACAAUCAGUGGAUCACACUGGUAUUUAAUACAUGCAAGUCUUUUUUAAAUGUUUUAUUGUAAUGUAAAGGCUGUGGCAACUUAAAUAUAGGAAGCCAGCAACAUUGCUUCAUGAUGGAUUGUGGUCAGAGCUUGCAACAAUGUACACGCCAAGAUUUUCUUUUUUCUUCUUGGCUUCGUGGAGAUGGCUCUUUCCAUCAAUGUAGACUUUUUAUUACAAAAGUGACUUUCCACCUACACCUAAAUGAUUUGUCAUUGAGGAUCUGUUGUUUCUCACUAGGUGCAUCAUGGUUCUCUGAAUCCAUUUAGCCACAUGCAAAACAAAAGCAAAAUAACAUUGGCUCUACUGGUUUUUGAGAGCCUGAGAGUAAAGUCAUGCCAAAAAGGUCAUGUUAUAUAUAAUGGCAAUGGACACCCCUAUGGUUAAAUGAAAUGAUUGAGCACUUCAGUACAUUUCUCAUGAAAUUAAAUAGAUAUAGGAUCCCUGGGAGGUACAGAAAGCAAGAUGGGGGAAUCAUCAUUUUGGAUUUGAGGAUUGCUGAAGAAAUAGCUAUUGGCUUUAUUGUGAAUAGAAUCCUGUUUUCAUUUUUUGUUUAAAAUAAUGCACUUGCAUUUGACUUAUUUCUCUAUCUCUCUUUCUCAAUCUCUCUUUUUCUAUGCAUCUCACUCCUCUACAGUCUCUCUCUAUCCCUACUCCCCUAUAUACAAUAUAUAAUAUAUAUAUUGUACAAUAUAUAUAUAUAUAUAUUUCUCUCCAACGUUUUAUUUCUCUCACUCUUACCAUUGCUUCAGAAAUACUUUCUCUGUUGUUAAGGGAAAUGGGAAACUGUUUGAUUAUAUUCUGUGUGUUAAUCUUUUUUUAAGUAUAUUAAGCAUAUGAUUUCAAAUUGUAUUUAUUUUGCUCUUUUUUAUUUCAUGUUAUAUCUUGGGGCUGUAACAGUGCAUUCAGCUACACCACUUUGCUUUAGGCCCUUUUUAAGUUCUUUGAAAUACAGCCUGAUACCUCACAAAUCUGUACAUACAUAAUAGAUUAUGAAUACAAAUAUACCUCAUAUUUCACUUCUAUUCUUUUUAUUGUGAAGCCACUUGAAAGAAAAAUCAAUAUUUUUGUUUCAACAGAUCACUGGAUUUUUUUUCUCAUAUUUUGUAUUGUUAUACCAAGAAGGGAAUAUUUUAUUAACAGACAUCUACCUCAUUUGUUCUAGACUGUGCCAACAAACAUGACCAUAAUCGCCAGUUUUUAAGUAUAGCCUUUUGGCCCAUACAAACAUUAUUUGCUUGAACAUAUGUACUGAGAUGAAAAGAAAAUUAGGUGGACCACACAGGGCACGAGGCAAUGUAUUCAUGUGUGCAUUGCUUCUUCACUUUUCUUUUUUGAAAAUGGCAUUAUAUAUUGUUUGGGAGAAAUGCCAGAAGGAUUAUAUUUCUUGUACAUGGCUAUCUGUUCAUUGCUGUUUAAUGUUGAUAUCCCGUUAGAUGAGUGUACUGCACAUUUGAUUGAUAAAUGUACAGUUUGAAGUAAUGUUAUACACGAUACCACAAUCCUGUCCCAACAGGCAGUCACCACUGGAGCGUACAGUGUUUUCAGGCAUGCCUGUACGUUACUGAUGUGUGUAUGGUUGGUAGAUCUCUGAUACUCUGUCGAUUCCAGUGUUUACUUGAAAGACUUUGAAAUUACACAUUACAGAGCAGAUGUUUUAUAAUAUAUGAUGAUAGAGUCUGAACUUCUACGUUCAGUUUUUUCCAGGAGGUUUUUGGAAUGAUAAGCCGAGCAAAAAUCCCAUCCAAACACAAAACACACUGCUGUUUCCUAUACCAAAGAUUUUGUAUUGUACGUUUAGGUCUAUUUCCAAAUGAUGUCUUCCACACAGUGCUUUUAUAAGAUCGGUGAGACAUUUUAGCAUUUGCAAAAAUGUGUAAUGGAUAGAUAGUCAUUACUCUUAAAUGUCUUUUUCUUAACUGAUUAGCCAUUGUGCUGGAAAACGCGCUAUAUAAAUAAAUUUACCUUACCUUAACUCUGCUACCCAUUAUGAAACAAUCACACAGUUCAAAGGAAUUGCUGAGGCAGGAAUUAGUUGCAAAAAUGUACAUUGUAAAGAUAAAUCACACAACAAACAUAAAUAUAGAAUAAAGGGCCAUGUGGAUGCACAAAUGUAAUUUUUUUUAUGGCUCACAAUCAUUGUAGUUGACAUCUCAGUAAUGUCUUCUUUUUCAUUAACACUGGCACAGUCUGGUCUCUCUCAUGACUGUUGUUUCCCUCCUUGCUCUUGCGUUGACAUACCAGAGGUUGAUAUGUGUUUCGCCAGUCAUGGGUUGUUCGUUGACUGUGAAACAUGAACAUAGAAAUGGCAGAAAUUUCUUUUAACCAAAGAAAAACUAAAAGAAAAAAAAUGUACUCUUACUGGCUUACUAUUGAAUAAGAUGACUGUCAGAAAAGAAAGAAAUGUGUUGAAAAUAGGAUUCACUGAAGAGAAAGACUCAGUUAUGUACUUACUGAAAAAACAUGUUGUUUACUUUGUUCAUUUUCUUUUUUUUUUAGCUGUGCUAUGCUAUUAGAUUGUAGAACUUAUUAAGGCUUUUUCAGUGUAUAAAGCUUAAACAUUUCUUUUGUUUCCUUUUGUUCACUUUGGAUGAAUCCAGUGUAUUAUGGGAAAGCUGGAUUGUGGUGCUCAGGGGUUAAAAACAUACAAAAAAACAGGUGAAAGAGAUUUUUUUUCUUCGUUUUGCCAUUGACUCGUAGCAUAUUUAGAAAUAAAUUACUGCUUUAAA